GAUUUGUUGAACCUUUGAACCUCUGAAGAAACGCACGGAAUUGAGCAAACUCCAAGAAGUGAAAAAGGUUUGGAGCUGAAAGAGCAUGGUUUCUGUAGCGUCAGUUCAGCAACUUUUGACCCCUGCAUUCACUGUCGAUAUCCAGAAAGUUGAAAAUAAUGCCAGACGAAUGAUUGAACGAUGCCAGGCCCUAGGAGUUCAACUCCGACCACACAUGAAAACUCACAAAACUCUGGAAUGUGCGGAUAUUAUGACAGGCGGCUCUCGGAGGUGUAUCGUAGUCUCCACACUGGCCGAAGCUCAUUUCUACGCUGACCGUGGUUUCGAUGAUAUUCUGUAUGCCUAUCCUCUUCCCUUUGACAAAGUGGAUGUCUGCGCUGAGCUGGUGGAAUGCCUGGAGAUGUUCCAUGUGCUGAUCGACAGUGAGGCGGCCCUGGCAGAGCUCACAAAAAGACAACUGAAAGAUGGGAAGUCGUGGCUGGUGUGGCUGAAAGUGGACUGCAGCAAUGGAAGAGUCGGGGUGCGACCCGAGGACCCUGCGGCGCUGAUACUGGCGAAAUCCAUAGCGGAUUGCAAGGGUGUGGAGCUGGCAGGGGUGUAUGCACAUUGUGGGAAUUCCUACCAGGCAACUGGAGUGAAGGAGAUCCAGGCUGUGGCCCAGGAAACCACCACCGCCACACUGGGAUUUAUGGAGAAGUUAGAGAAAGCAGAUGUGAGGUGUCCCCGCUGUAGCAUUGGAUCAACACCUACCUGUAGUCAUCCCAUACCAGACAUGGCUCGACUCAAUGAGCUCCAUCCUGGAAACUAUAUCUUUUAUGAUGUUCAGCAGAUGAUGAUUGGUUCCUGCCAGAUGGACGACAUUGCUGUACGAGUGCUAACGCGAGUCAUAGGUCAGUACCCUCAACGGAACCAAUUGUUGGUCGACUGCGGUUGGACGGCGUUAAGCCUGCACAGUCUGGGAAUGCUGCCGACGGGCUACGCAAUCAUUGACGGUCAUCCGGAUCUGAAGUUAGUGGGAAUGACUCAAGAGCACGGGAAAAUUGAGCCAACCUCGGGGAAGCUGGAUUUUGACAAGUUCCCACUUGGAAGCUUGAUCUCACUUAUUCCUUAUCAUGUACAUGGACAAAGUUGGGAACUGCACCGAGGUCAAAGAUGUCUUUGUGAUUCGAACCAGCAAACGCCAGGUGAAGGUCACACUCAAGAUGGAUGAUAAGGGAGACAUCCACCACCCUCCUUCCAGCUUCGCUAUCGGGGGAAGCCGUGGUUUCCUUGUCUGCGCUGGGCAGCCCAAACUUUGUCAUUCAUGCGGCUAAUCUGGUCAUGUGGUGGCCAACAGCAGCACCGUCCUCUGCAAGAAUUGCAAGCAGGAAGGGCACCAGACAAAGGACUGCAAACAGACUAAGUGCUGCAACCUGUGUGGUGAGGCAGGCCACAUCUACAAGACCUGCCCCAAACACUGCCUCACUUAUUCACAGGGAGCCAAAGCCAACGAGGGGGAAGCAAACAAAAUGGUCAGUGUCACUACUACCAAGGACACUUGCAACCCUCCACCCACCAAGGCCCCCAAUGAGCACAAAGGGAUAAGGGAGAAGACAGAGAGAGACAAGAUGAAGGGAAACAUUGAGGCAGCAGACAGCCAAACAAUUGCACUGCCACCUGAACCUCCCACUCCUCAGCAGAACGAAUCAAUGGAGGAGGAACCAACAGAAAAUCAUCGGGUGAGUGGCAGCUGGAGAAGAGGACCAAAAAGAAGAAGGGGCUAAGAAGGGACCAAGCCACUUCCCAGAUGAGUGACAAGGGCAGCUGCUCUUCAGACGAAGAAGGGCAAGGGCGGCACCAACAGAUGAAGCGGCAAAGCUCUCAGGAGCUGAGGAGGAGACACCCGAGCUCCAGAGCAUUGGAGACGAUGAAGAGAUCAGCACACCCCAACUUCCCCUCAACUUGAAGAGGCCAGCGCACCCCAGCUCUGGGAAGCCAGGAGCAGCAACGCCCCAGAGGGAGAAUGGAUCGGAGAGGCUUCUCCAACAGAGAACAAUACAAACCUCGCUCCUUGCACGAGCCCCCCCAAUGCCACCUGAGCAGAACAUAUCCAAUGGGGCGGUACAGGAUGGUUUCCUCAGUCCAUCCAAAGUGAGACAAUUUGUGAACACUAUGGGUAUGCAGCAGCAGACCAGAGGACUGGAACUCUCAAAGACAACAGGUUUGGUAAGCGACAAAAUGCUUUAAAAAAUGGGGAUAAAGAUUGUAUCCAUUAAUGUGCAUAGUGUUAAAUUUACUAUGCGAUGUGUUGCAACCUUGCAUUACCUUGCCAAGGUCAAAGCUGACCUGCUGUUUCUGCAGGAGUGUGAGAUACCGCACCUCAGCUGCUACAGGCGAUGGUCACAAUUGGGCCAUCGAUCUGGUUGGGAGGAAACGACUCCUGUUCCUCCGGCCUGGGUAUUCUGCUGCGGGGAGGCAACUUCACCAUCUCUGAGGUUAAGGAGGUGGUGGGCGGGUGCCUCCUCGUAGCAGAAGUAAUGUACAAGAAUGCUCCACUCCGAUUAAUUAAAGUGUAUGCCAAGGCUCAAAACAGUGAGCGGCUGGCAGUUCUUCAGCAGCUCCCACUGCUGCUGGUGACUUCCAUUUCAUUCUGGGCGGUGACUUCAACUGCAUCGUCGAUGUGGCUGGACAAUCCGGCAGAGCCGACAGCAGGCUGGAUGCCAAAACCAGAUUCCUGAUGGAAAUAAUAAAAGAUGCCAAGCUGCACAACGUCUUCAGCAACCCUGAUACACCUGGUCACGGCCAGAUGGGUCCAUCCGUUCCAGGAUAGACUUCCUGUUUGUGUCCCGUGCGUUCACAGUCAGAUCCAUCGACGUCAAGCGGGUGUUCUUCUCUGACCACCGCCUCCUACUGGCUGACUGUCACUUAGAGGAAGACCAGAGGGUUGGCAGGGGCACAUGGAAGAUGAACACACAACUGCUGACCCCAGAGAACAUUGACGAACUCGAGGGAUUACAAAUGUUGGAGAACCGUGAAACUCCUCUUUGAAUCGCUGACACACUGGUGGGAAGCGAUCAAGGAGAACAUCAAUAAGCUUGUCAUCCUCAAAGGUGUCCAGACGCUAGAAAGGAACAGAGGGAAAUGCCCCAACUUCAGAAAAACAUGCAGAACCUGCUCCUCCUGCAGUCAAUGGGGGUCAAGUUCAAGGAGGAACUCCAAGAGGUGAAGAGCCAGCAAGCCUCGCUCUUUGCCUUGGAAGACUCCAAGAUAAUCUUCUGGUCUAGAGUCCACUCCGUGGAGCAGGAUGAGAGUUGCUCACGUUUCUUCUUCCAAAAGGUACACAGAGAGAGCUCUGUGAUCAGCAGC